AUGAAACAUUACCUCAUCUCUUUGUUUCUACUGGAUUAUUUGUUGCAGGCAGUGACUCAAUGCACCAAUCCAACCUCAGAGUUUCAUCUGGAAGGAGAUUUUUUGAUAGGUGGACUUUUUGAUAUCCAUGAUGUCAGAGACCCUGUGGUUUUUGGCAGACCAGAGGCCAUCGACUGCUCCAGGCAGCUCUUCAGUCUGACAAAUUAUCGGAGGUUUCAGGUGAUGAGAUUCUCUGUGGAGGAAAUCAACAACUCUACCAGCCUCCUGCCAAAUAUCUCUCUGGGCUAUGAGGUAUUUGACCACUGCUCCGAGACUCACAGUUUCCCAGAUAUUUUUAACCUCAUCUCAGUCAACGGCUUGAUCCGCCCUUGGGGUGAUCCACAAAAGCAGGAACAACACAAGCCCAAGGUGCCUAAAGUAAUAUCAGUGGUUGGUCCACGGACAAGUAAUCAAGCCUUGACUGUAGCUCCUCUGAUUAUGAUGGACCUCAUUCCUAUGGUCAAUUAUGGAUCUUCUACUUCCGCCUUUUCAGAAAAUUUGAUGUAUCCCUCCUUUCUACGAACAGUGCAUUCCAAUAAACACAUGAUAGAAGUGGUUGUACUGAUUUUGCUGCACUUCAACUGGCGCUGGGUCUCUUUUCUUAACAGUGACAACAAUUAUGGCAAUGACGGCCGGGAUCUUUUUAUAAAGAGAAUUAAAGAUACAGAGAUUUGCCUGGCUUACACCAAAGAGCUCAGUCAAAACACAAAUUACUCUCAAGUGCUCACACAGAUAGACGAACAGAGCAUCUAUGUCAUUAUUGUUUUUGCUCCAGAAAGAUAUGCUGAGCUACUCAUUGAGUCAGCGAUAGAGCUGAACGUGACAAAGAAGGUGUGGAUAGCAGUGGAGGCCUGGUCCUUAAACAAGAAGCUUCCCAAGGAGAAAGGAAUCCAAAAUAUUGGAACUGUACUCGGGAUCUCUGAACCUAUGGUGAUGAUACCGGGCUUUGAUGAGUUUGUCUAUUCUUUCAAAGAACAGAGUUAUUGUGAAAAUGAAGACCAACGGUUUUGUAAUCAGAUUUGCAACUGCAGUGACUUGAGUGCAAGAGAAAUCAUUGAUGCUGAUCCUUCUUACUCUUUUCCUGUUUACUCGGCCAUAUAUGCCAUCGCACAUGCACUGCACAAUACGCUGCAAUGUGGAAGUGGAGAAUGUCAAAGGAAUGUUACAGUGGAGCCAUAUAUGGUUCUGGCACAGCUGAGGAAGUCCAACUUCACACUUUUAAACCAGAGGAUCCAUUUUGAUGCUGAUGGUAACCCAGAGUUUGGAUCCUAUUCUAUUAUUUUCUGGAACCAGAGUGGUGAGGCAGAGGAAGUUGGGUUUUAUCGUGCUGAACCAUCAGUCACUUUGUUCAUCAACAACAGCAAAAUUAAGUGGUACACAAAUGGAGAGGCACCAACAUCACUAUGUUCUAAAGAGUGUCCUGUGGGACAUGCAAAACACCAAGAUGGAAUCCACAAAUGCUGCUUCAAUUGUGAAAUCUGCCCAAAUGGAACUUACAUCAACAGCACAGUGGAUCCAGAAAACUGUGUUGAAUGUAACAGUGAGACAGAAUGGUCCGGAGAAGGAAGUACCUCAUGCAACCUGCGAUUGGUGGAGUACGUCCCAUUCACAAGCGGAGGGGCUAUAAUAAACCUGAUUGCCACCGGGGCCUUCGUUGGCUUCACAGCGGCCGUGUCUGCGCUCUUUGCCAUCAACUACAACACUCCUGUGGUCAGAUCAGCUGGAGGACCCAUGUGCUUCCUGAUUUUAGCCUGCCUCUGUCUGUGUAGCGUUAGCGUGUUCUUUUACUUUGGUAAGCCAAGUGCUUCUUUUUGCAUCAUGAGGUAUUUAUUAUUUUUUCUUUUCUACACACUCUGUCUGGCUUGUUUUGCUGUACGGUCCUUUCAGAUUGUUUGCAUCUUCAAAAUAGCUGCCAAAUACCCUGCACUCCAGAGUUGGUGGAUGAAAUAUCACGGACAGUGGUUGUUCAUUCCAGUUGUGUUUGUGACUCAGGCUUUUUUACUUACUGUUGAGUACCUUCAUGCACCGCCUAAGCCUUUCAAUGAAACUACUUGGGCGUAUAACAAAAUCAUACUCAGCUGCGACAUGAAUCUAAGUGGAAGCUCUGUUUCUUUGCUCCUGAUUGUAUCUUUGUGCUUCUUUUGCUUUAUUUUCUCCUACAUGGGGAAAGACCUUCCAAAGAAUUACAAUGAGGCCAAAGCCAUAACCUUCUGUCUGGUCCUGCUGAUUCUCACCUGGAUCAUCUCUGCCACUGCCAACAUACUAUACCAUGGGAGACACCUACAAAGUCUGAAUGCCAUGGCAAUACUCUCCAGUCUCUACUCUUUUCUGUUGUGGUAUUUCCUCCCAAAAUGCUACAUUAUCAUUUUUCAGCCCAGUAAGAACACACAGCAGCACUUUCAGGGCCUCAUUCAGAGUUAUACUAAAACUAUUAGUCAGUAA